AAUGUCCGCAAAUGCCGCGCUAGGAAAUGGAAAUUCAGUGCUGCUCCCGCCGCGAUUCAAUUAGUAUUCCACUAAAAAGUUUCCCCCCAAAACUGCGCUGCGCUGCGCUGCUCCCAAGCCGAAGCUCAGGCUGCGCUUAGUUAAUUGAUUGACCGAAAAAGAACUUGCACGCUUUACCCACACACCACAAACCAAACUCCUCUCACUACCACCAACCACUUACUCAACUUCACUCCUCUCAUCCCUCUCUCACUAUCCUCUAUCUCAAUCCCUCUCUCCCGCGUCCUCUUCCUUGUCUCUGUCGAGCGGCUUCGACAAAGAGUCCCUGCGCUUUCGGGCGCCUGCGUUAACCGGGUUCGAGUUUGUCGCUUUCAGUUGGCGUCCACUCAAAAAGUUUCGGACCCUUCACCUCACUUCGCCCUCAUCGCACGACUGCGCACGACCGACGCUGUUAUUCCCCGGCCCGUUUACCUGCGGCCAUUGAUCUCCUUUUCGAUUGCUUUCCUGUCUUCGGGCUGUUACACCACCAGGCACUAGUCACUGUUGUGACAUCGUCAUCGCAGUCAGACUGAGGUGCAUCCGUCGGAAGCAGAGUCUUCGCUAUUUCUGUCCACGAUCGAGUUCUCCGAGCGCAGACAGAAUUCCGCAGCAUCACUAGAUCUGUUCACCAUUAGGAUCCAUUUGUAUCCUAGACCUCCGGGGCGAUCCGUACAGGGUUAGUGGUGACGCUCAUCCUACGCGAUAGUUGAACCUUCUGCGCCUAGUGUUAUUGUCUUAUUGAACGUUGGCCUUUGAUCAAGGACUGUGGCACCCAGGCCACUUUGUGGAAAGAAGGCAUUGUUCGCGCCACGAAAUUCUCCUGCACUCAGCUCGUUCACAGGCAAUAUUGUUGCCGCAGUUUGUCACUGUCCUCGUCCAGCAGGCUCUGGCUCAGUCUGUGAGAAGAGCGUCGGUUAACAGGAUACAAGAAGGUGUUUGAAAGGACAACACUCUUAUCAAGCUUGAUCAGCAGGCUAGAUUGGCCCCUUCAUCUUGUGACCAGCUUGUGGCUGGUGUGGGGUUCCAGUCCUGUGGAAGUGGAAUCGGAGGUGUAGGAUUUUCUCAUUUUCUCACACUGGUUGAGACCAUGUCGACACCUUCAGGAACUGGCGCCGCGGCGCCGGUCUUUUCAUAUGCUCAGGCAGCUAAAGGGUUAACUCCCUCGACCUCAGCCCAGCAGACACCUCGAAAUGACAGCCCCGCUGCUUCCGAAAAGGGUGCUAAAGAUCAGGCUGCUGCCGAAUCUAGCAAUACUACAUUGGCACUGAAGUCCAAUACUGAUGACAAGAGCAACUUGGAUGCCGGCGCCGCCAAGCCGUCGGUGCAAAAGGUCACAGAGAAGGAGAAUGUCCCACCAACACAGCAGCAGAGUCAAACUCAAAAUCAAGACGAUCAGUCGUCAAAUGGUCGGAGCAACUCCACUGGUAAUGACCCGACUCAGGAGUCCCAGAAAGAUGAGACACGACCUUCCAUGCCGAACGGCCGAUCUUACUCGGAACAGUCGGUGGAGUCUUCACGUGAGAAUGGGGCGCCGAGUGCUGGUGACAAAAAGUCAAAGGACGGAGAUGACGACUGGGAGAAGGUUUCAGUGCCAUCAAUGACUGCCGAGAAGCCUCUCAAAGCCGCUCCAAUUCCCGCUGUGAAUAUCUGGCAGCAACGCAAAGAGGCCCAAGAAGCCAAGAAGAAGGAGCUCGCCGAACAGCAGCGUGGUAGCGUGCCGACUACACCGGCUCAAACUCCAAAGAGUGGUGGUGGCAGCGAGGAUGUUAAGCGCAAAUCCAUCAGCAAAGACGCUGCCAGCGGCGAAAAGGACGCAAAGAAUGUCGAUAAUACGAGAGUGAACAGCCGGAAGGACGCUGCAUCGGGUCGUGCAUCUCGUGCGGAUAGGGCGGAUACGGGAAUUCCACCCCCGGUCGGUGAUGCUCAGUCAUGGCCAACCCCCGAAACUUCAAAUGUGGAAGAGCGCCGCAAGUCCAGUGUCUAUGAGAAGGUCGAAAAGCCAGAAGCGAAGGAGCAAGCCCAAAAAUCCCAUGGUAAACAGUGGGUUCCAAUGCGGUUUGUUCCGACGGCUAAAUUUGAGACUCAGCUUCCUCCCGCUGCCGCUCGCAGAGGUGGUAGAGGAGGAGCAAGAGGAGGUCGAGACACCAACGGCCGUGCUGGUUAUGCUGGCAGUCCGGUCGAGAAGCAAGAUUCACCGGGAUCUAUGGGUCCUCCCCCUCUACCUAGACCUUCUGGUGAACAGGACAGAGGUCGGAAGUCUGAAACCCAUCGUGGCGCUCGAGGCGCAUCUGUUCCAACAAGCAGCACCCGGCCAAUCAACGGAGAUGAAGCCGCUGCGGAUUCUGCUAAACCCUCAGCCACCCCUGCUAAAGGGGAUGCUACCAACGAUGCCACCUCCAAUGUCACCUCGACGCAGCAAAACGGUGAGGAGCAGGUCCCAAAAACCACUGAGACCUCACGAUCCUCUUCGAGGCAUACUGCACAAGCCGGAAAUCGGCUACCAAACGGGGAAGGUAAUACCCAACCUGAACAAGCCUCAAAUGGCUGGGGUCAUGCCAGUGAGCCAUCUGUUCGCUAUCCUUACAACUAUGAUCGGUUCAAGGGCUCUGCUUCGCGUGGCAACGGCGACUUCUCUCGCGAACGCGGCAGUGGAAGACAUCGGGAGUGGUCGAGGGACAAGCCAGAUUCGGCCCGCGAAAAGGUUGAGUCCUGGCGUGACCGAGAACACUCUGGUGAGCACGGCCAUCGACGUGAGUCUCGCCCUGAGCGCGGACGUGGUGGUUACCGAGGCCGGGGCAAUCACAGCUACAAUCCAACAUAUGGGACCUCCCACGCCUACACGGCUCCAUUGCCGCAGAACGGAUUCGAGGCUCCUAGGUCAACCUCUCAUGCUGAAGGUCGCUCCAGACAAGCUUCUCAACCUUUCCAGCCUACUCAGCCGGCUAGCAACGCUAGCAGCAACGCACGUUCUCAGUCCAUCCCAGUUGGUAUGAUGUUCCCGGGCUAUUACAACGGCGCAGCAGUCAUGGGCCAAGGCCUCCCAGGCGUGCAGACUGACAUGUCGGUAUAUGGUUAUCCAUCCCCGUUGCAAUUGCAACCAGGUAUUAUGAGUGCAGUGCCCUACAACGACCCGUUGAACUCAUAUGCACUGUUGUCAAUGGUCAUGACCCAAGUCGAGUAUUACUUUUCCAUUGACAACCUCUGCAAAGAUCUGUUUCUGAGGAAGCACAUGGAUGGACAAGGCUAUGUGCCCCUCGACGUUAUCGCCAAUUUCAAGCGAAUCAAGACUCUCACCGAAGAUAACAUGACAAUUGACACUCUCCGCUAUGUUUGCCAACAAGUCAAGAGUGUCGAGUUCUUCUCCGGAGCCGAUGGAGUUGAUCGACUUCGGCGUAGGGACAACUGGCGAGACUUUGUCCUUCCAGUUGAGGAGCGAUUCGAGUCAGCACGCAACGAUGGGCCGCCGGCUGAAACAUACGUCCAGCAACCGCAGCACGAGCAGGCUCCCCCUUUCCACCCAUCCUUUGGUUUCGGCCAAGUUCGCAGUCCUCCCAUGAACGUUGCUGCGAUGAAUGGCAGCUUUCACGCCGAAUCUCCAAUGACCUUCAUCCCAGGAGCACCUGCGGAAGGGCAUGUCGCUGGCGGACCUUUUAUUCCUGCCUCCUUUGAUGCCAUUUCUCCUGGGGAGACACGGGGUCCUUCGGUGUCGCCGUACUCUCAGGCAGUGCCUGAUGUGAGAUCGCCGCCGCUUCGCGCCCCAGCACCGGCCAACCAUGUCAACGGUCAUCACCGACAGGUUUCUCGUGCCGACAUCGAGGACGACAUGUUCCCCGACGAGCACAUUCCCAAUAUCAACAUCCGUAUGCAGCCACGCUUCUUUGCUGGCCAAGAAAUGACUUCAUCAUUCACCGGCAUUCCUGAGGCUCCUGCAUCUGAGACGUCCAAUGAACGUAAAGAUAGUGAGGCAGCGCAGGGGACUGGUCUGCGAGGAGGAGCAGGGAGCCCGCAGCAACUUGGACAGGCUCACAAUGUGCCGUACGGCUUUCCGAACGCCACCGCAACUGGUGAUGGCAGUAUCAUCUAUUUCGCCAAAGAUGGCCAAGAAACACAGUUGCCGCCACCACAGCUUGGACAAUAUGACCAGACCUAUCAGUCAUUGCACGACGUCGCACUUCAACAGCGCCAGCUAGGUGUUGAAGGGGCUCUGGAGCCGCUCUAUUCCUUCUGGGGUGAUUUCCUGGUGGACAAGUUCAACCUUGGCAUGUACCAGGAGUUCAAAACCACCGCAUUGAAUGAGCGUGAACAAGGGAAUGAUAGUGGAAUGUCCCAUCUUAUCCGCUAUUACAGCAAGCUCUUGGCAGGGCCUAUUCCAGUCAGUGAACGACUCGCCUCUGAUAUGGUGGACCUUUUGCGAGAGGACAAGAGCGAAGACCGUGCCGUGUUUCACGCCUUGCGAGCUGCCUGGCGAAACGGAGCGACCAACAUGAAGACCAUCAAGAGACUGGGUGAUGUCCUCACUGCGGAGGAGAAGGCUGAGCUUGAUAAGAGUGGCUGAAAAGGAGGCCGCUUCUCUUGCUUCUGCGCAACAGCACAUUCCAAGCUUCUACUCUAAUCACCAACUUGUCCCCCGCUUAAUCCUCGCCAUCCUGGAAGAUUGCCAAAUCGAAUCAACAUGUCAAACACAGGUUGAUGUGGUUGCAAGUUUCUUCCCGUCGUCGGACAUCCUCAAUCAGAAUUUUGACCGAGCCACGAGGUCCGGGGAAGAGUGCUUUCAAUCUCAUUUUAAGUUUCCAAAGACGAAUCGACUUUUUGCUUCAGCAUCUGGCGGACCAGGUUACCACUUCGAAGGGGAUCCACCCACUACUUCAGAUUCUUUUGCGCGUCAUACAUCGAAUUUUCUUUCACUCGGCAGGAGUUCAGGCUGGCUGGCUGGGGUUGGGAAAUGUUUGUUGAAUGACGAUUUCUCCUGCUUUUACUUUUCACCCAGUUUUGCGACAGUUCAGACAGCAUGGGUAAGGGCGCUAUCUGUAUGAGUCAAUCAGUACUCGCAAUGAUGCACAAAAAAGUCACUCAUGGUCUGGCAAUCAAUUAGUAUGAAACGGCGCACCUGGCUGGGCCAAGAAGAACAAAACAACAAAAAAAGAAACACACAACGACUGUUCAUGAUUUACCAUCAUACCCCCCACUGCUAUGUUUGUUUCCUUCAAAGUCGUUACUGGCUGGCCGCAUCCCCGCGCUCAUUACGGAAUAAUUCAGUUUUUUGUACCUUUGAGCGCUUGCAUAGACGGACGUCCUGAUCACAACACUUCAUGCACAGCAGUAUGAUCGCGAUGGUUGGGAAUGAAGGCAACAGACAACAGGUUCAAUGUGAACGAGACUGAUCCUGUUUAUUAUGCACUAUUGGUCCCGACCCUCAAAAGGACAAACCGAUCAGACUGCUAGUAUGGAGGCGCACAUGGCAGCAGCGGGACAGUACCAAAACCUCAAGCAACCAACCAUCACAUGAGUGAGCGAUAGGGUGUUUUCCUGUGUGUCUACUAUGGGCUGGGCUGGCCGGCGUCAGGUUUCCUUUUUCCCUUUUUUUCUUUUAUCCCUCUCGCGUUUGAAUGCACCAAGGCAGUUGGAGUGGGAGUGGGACUGUGAGUGCGUGCUGGGGUUCAACUAGCUGCUCUCUGUCUCUCCCGCUCUCAGAGUUAAGUUGUCAGUCGGGUCAAUCAGUUUAGUGAAUUUACCGUGGCAAGAAAGGACUAGUCAAGCAGCGAGUUGGGACACAAAGAACAGGGCCAAAAAAGUUUGUACACAAGUAUUACGAGAAUCAGAAUCAGAACAUGUUUGUUGUAAAAA